UUUGCCUCAACAGAAACCUUAACAGAUAGUGAAGCUCCUUGCUAUGGGAGAUCAUGGACGGGAUAGGGUCUGCAUAGAGACUGCUUGGGACACAGCUUACAUGGCUUUUGAUUUAUGCACUCUGUGAAAGCCUCCCUGGGCCAAACUGUUCUUUGUAGAGCCCUGGUAUAACGAAGUGAUGUGACAUGCUCUCACAGCGUCCUCCUCCUCCACCCUUAGUAGUUGCCUUUGCUCUUGUGUGAGAGGCUAUCCAGGCUGCCCCACCAUACCCAAGUGCUCUCCUUUUAUCCCACUCUCUUAGGUAUACCUCCAGCCCCAAGACAUGUCCUGCUACAGCCAGUGCGUGCCAUGCCGGCCCUGUGGCCCCACCCCUCUGGCCAGCAGCUGCAAUGAGCCCUGUGUCAGGCAGUGCCAGAACUCCACCAUCGUCAUCGAGCCCUCUCCCGUGGUUGUGACCCUGCCCGGACCCAUCCUCAGCUCCUUCCCGCAGAACACUGUUGUGGGAUCGUCCACCUCCGCUGCUGUUGGCAGCAUCCUCAGCUCUGAGGGCGUGCCCAUCACCUCGGGGGGCUUUAACUUGUCUGGCUUCGGCAGCGGCUACUGUGGCAGAAGAUGUCCGCCCUGCUAAAGCCGCUGGCCUUUGUCCUGGAGACAUGCUUGAAGACACUACGAGCACGAUGCUGAAUCAAGAAGGAAUUUUCAAGCCACUGCUUUCAGAACAGUUGACCAUCCUCAGCUACUCCAGGAAAUAGUGGCAGGAAGGGAGAGGCCUGUGCUUUCUGACAGCCUGGCUCACGUCUCUGCUUCUGUUCCUCUACCCACCUACCUACCUCUUUCUCCACUUUCAGUUUUGCUUUCUUUUUUUUUCCCCUUAUUCUCCUCUGAGCUAUGAGGUUCCUCAGAACCAGUCCAUCCUCUGCCAGAAAAGAAGGCACUAGCCUUGCAUGAACUCAACUGUGGCAUCAGGCACAUCCUGCAGUGCUGGAGCCUCUGCUCAGUAGGACCUCGUUUUCUGCUUUAAACAUUCAUUAAAGAUUUCUGCAUCUUCUUUGAGCUUUUGAUGUUACUUUUCACCGUGUGUUGCCUCCAGAGAUGCCCAGAGAGAAUGGCUUUGCUCUGGUGGGUAUAAGUUGGGUGUUCAAGGAGACCCUUCUCCAUUCUGAGAAGAAUGGGAGGUUGUGACACGCUGCACAGGCUCCUCUCUUGGGCACUGUCCAAAGCAGAUGAAAAAGACAUCCCUGACUGUGGCAGAGCAAGUGGCUAUCAGCCUUUGCCUUGCCGUGUGUCUGCCCACAUUGAGCCUCACAGAACUUUCAAAGAGAGAACACAACCUCUGCUGUGCUCCUAGCUAAACUUCGGAGUAUGUGGGAGGCCACGGAGGCAAAACACCCUGCAGGCUCUUAGGAACAGUGCUCCUCCUAUUUUCUUCAGUGUUGCACUGGGGAAGUAGAUGAGGAUAGAAGACAGAACAGAACUGUGUGGAUGUCCCUUUGAUGUCAAAUAAAGCUCGUGUUGCCAGUUAUGCCGUUUUGUCCUCCUCAGACGUAACUGUGUCUGACUCACAUUGGCCUCCAUCAAUGGCUGCUUCGGGUGCCAUGCUCAUUUCUCUCGAGAACUCAGGGAGGUGCGCCCUGGUCAGGAUGGAGUUUGGUGGCCCUGGACGCAGCGCCCCCUGCGGGCCCGCACGGGACUGUGCCACCGCCCUGCCACGGGGCGCUGGA